AUGGCGGCCUCCACCCCCGUCCUGGACGGUGUAUUCGCCGUCAACAAGCCCGUGGGCAUGAGCUCGGCCCAGGUCAUUCGAGACUGCCAGCAGCAGUUCAACCCUUCGGGCUUCUUCAAGCCCAUGAUCGACCAGCAGCGCGCCGACCGAGAAUCAGAGUCGAAAAACCAGAAGAAGAAGCGCCGCUUCGGCAAGAACGACAUCAGGGUCAAGAUGGGCCACGGCGGCACCCUCGACCCCCUGGCCACCGGCGCCCUCAUCCUCGGCGUCGGCCGCGGCACCAAGUCGCUGCAGUCCUUCCUCGACUGCACCAAGACCUACGAGACCAUCGUGCUGUUCGGCGCCAGCACCGACACCUACGAUCGCGUCGGCAAGGUUCUUAAGAAGACGGCCUACGAGCACAUCACCCGCCCCAUGGUCGAGGAGGCCCUCAACGGCUUCCGCGGCACGCUGCAGCAGAUGCCCCCCCUAUACUCCGCCCUCAAGAUGGAGGGCAAGCCGCUGUACGAGUACGCCCGCGAAGGUAAGCCCAUCCCGCGCGAGAUCGCCACGCGUGAGGUCAACGUGACCGAGCUCGAGCUGCUCGAGUGGUACGACCCCGGCACCCACGACCACCGCUGGCCCGCCGAGGACGCCACCACCUUCGAGCGCAACUUUGCCGAGCAGGUUUGGAAGAUCGAGAAGGACCAGUUGACCAAGGAGAAGCGCACGCCCGAGGAGGAAGAGGAGGAGAAGAAGGCCCUCGAGAGACACGAGAGGUUCAAGCAGAAGGCCGACGAGAACGUCGACGCCCUGGUCUACGACAAGGUCAACAAGCGCAAGAAGCACUCGGCCAAGGAGCCGCCCCUCAUGUCCGGAGCCCUCGGCGAGCACCCGCCCGUGAAGCAGGAGGGCGGCAGGGGCUCGAACCUCAUCCCCCCGCCCCACGACCCCAACACGCCUCCGCCCUGGGACGACAAGGGGCCCCCGGCCGCCAGGAUACGCAUGACCGUGACGUCGGGCUUCUACGUCCGGAGUUUCUGCCACGACCUCGGCGUCAAGGUCGGCUCGUCCGCCAUGAUGGCCGAGCUCUGCCGUAGCCGCCAGGGCGACUUUGUGCUCGGCACGCCAAACUGCAUCGAGUUCUCCGAGUUCGCCAAGGGCGAGGAGACGUGGGCCCCCUUGGUCAAGGACGCCCUGGACCAGUGGAACAGCAAGCCCAAGCCCGACCUCCCGCAACAGGCCCCGGGCCGCGCACGGCCGGUGUGGUCGCCCAACCGCGCACAGAAGUCCAUCGAGAGCCCCUCGUCACCCAGGAAGCGCAAGGCCUCGGAAGAGCCGGCCGGCACCAAGCCGCUGUCGCCCAAGAGGAAGAAGUCUGCCUCCCCCAAGGCGAGCAAGCCCGCCGCUGAGACGGCGGGGGAGGAGGAGGAGUGGAACGGCAUUGCCGACGACGAUGCUCCAGCUUCGGCGGCCAAGUCGGCCUAA